AUGAAGGUGCUCUUCUUUGCCGCUUUGGCGGCACCUCUUGUGCAGUCGGCUGUGAGGCUGAGGUCGCAGGAUCGCCCUUGGUACGCCAGCUCGGAGCCAACCCCGAGCUCGGCGAGAACUGAGUCCGCAGACUGCAAUGCUCCUUGCGCCUGGGACUGUGGUACGCCUGAGUGUAGCCAGUCCUGCAAGGCGGUCUGCCAGCCGCCCAGAUGCUUCACAGCCUGUAAGAAGCCGCAGGAGCAGGACUGCCGGCACGUCUGCAAAGAUCCCAAGUGCACCGUGGUGUGUCCGCCGCAGACGUGCCAUUCAGAGAACUGCCCCCCGCCAGUGUGCAACACUGUUUGCGGGGAAGCGAUCUGUCACAUGGAGUGCCCGGGAAGCGGGUGUGAGACACGGUGCGAAGAUCCAGUAUGCCACUUCGACUGCAAGGUUGACGUGAAGACCUGCGCAAAGCCCGAGUGCAAGCUCACCUGCCCCAAGGUGGGCUGCCACAACAAGACCUCCAUAGACCUUCCCUUUGCCUACCGGCUGGAGACCAAAGCGGAGCCAGGUGCUUCUGCCAAAGGAGCGGCCCUAGCCAGGCCUACAGCUGCCGCAGAGGGCGAAGUGGCGUGGAAGGGGCUGGCGAAGGUCCCGGAAGCCUAUGGCGCGAUUGACCACGCGGAGUACCUGGCAGCUGCCCAGGCUCCCGCACCGGCGCCGGCACCUCGCCCCGCAGAGGGCCAGGGGCCUGUGCGCUCAGGAGCCUAA